AUGCCUACUGAAUCAGCUAAACCAUGCGAACAUUACAAGGAUCGCAAGUUCUUAUUAGAGCUGGAGCUUGUUGUUGAUGAGUCCGAAGAGCACAAGAUACACGAAUUUGACCUGGCUAAACUCAAGGGAUUUGGUAUUGAUCACCAGCGCAUGAUCCUUAACAGAGAAGAUUCAACCCAGCCUUCUUUCUUCGCGCCAUAUCCUAGCAUUUUGGGACCCAGUGAUAGCACUGUUGAUGGUGUCGGCUUACUUUCAAAAUUCGAGGACACCUGUUUUACAGACCCUGUCGAUAGGGCACGUCAAGUUGCAGGUCCCUACAAUGACGAUUACACUCCCAAAGAUUUGUUUCAGGAUGACGAGCCAGAAUUUGGGCCUUUUGGAAUGACGGAUAUUCGAGGAAAAGCUUUCCCGCGCACCAAGGCAUUUAUGUACAACAAUCCAGAUGCUACGGACGAUACAACCCUUCGUGGGGAGCUCUUGACUAUUCUCCGCCUGAUGCUGGGUCAGUUGAGGAAGGUCUUUCUGGUCUCAUUUAUGGGCAAGCGUGCCCGCGCUUUUGAGUCAUAUUUCAACGGCCGAGCCCUCGCCCUGCGUACUACUCAACUCUACAAAUUUCCCGAGGAAACCUCUCUUGGGUUCAAGCAUCUUGCAGAGUUGUAUCUUAGCUCGCCGACCGGGGAUACAUUCUAG